AUGACGAGGACACGAGCACAGAAGCAGAAGGAGCAGCAGGCGCAGGAACAGAAACAGAAACAGGACCACCAACAUCAACAGCAGCAGAAAGAUGACCCACCUCAGUGCUUCUUGUUCAAGAUCCCUGGAGAACUUCGCAACCGCAUCUAUCGGGAGGUUCUCGUCAAAGAUGAGCACAUCAAGUACGACGCAUCAGGCUACCAGCGACCUGCCCUUCUCGCGACCAACAUAGAGAUCCGCGCGGAGGCCAUGUCCAUCUUCUACUACGAGAACACAUUCAUGCAUGAUGUCGACCACUAUGACUCUUCAGCUAUGAUGAAGUUCGACGAGUUGCUCUUAGGCAUGAACCUCGACCGACGCAGAAUGAUGAUACAAAACGGUGUGACCUAUGAUCAACCUUCUUGGAAGAACUUGAUCAUGUGGCUCAGCCGAUUCCAUGCGAAAGCAAUGAGCAGGUGCCCUGGACCUGCUUUGUUCAAGAAGGAGAUGGGCAUGACGUGUUCUGCCAGGUAUAUCAUCGGCGGGAUGUUCGACACUGUAGAGAAGAUGGUUGGAGUGGAGUUUGAGGUGGUGUUGGGCUUGAUGGAGAUUUGGAGACCUGCGCUGGCGGCUUUCGACAAGAAGUGGGAGCAGGAUGAGGAUGAGGAGUGA